AUGGCUACCCAGUCCCCAAACCCAGGUUUUGUGCCUGAAUCAUGGAGUUUAUACGGUGUCGGCGCCUUAUUCAUCCUCCUCAGACUCAUUGGAAAACUUCGACGUGUGGGGAUCAAAAGGCUCGAGCUCGAUGAUGCGUUCAUAUUCUUUGGCCUGUUGUGGUACACCAUUCUCUGCGUCUCCUUCAAUCAGAUCGCGACGGGCGUCGGGUCGAAUUUGAUGACCCCCGAGGAAGAAGCGGCUCUUACCCCUACCCUCAAAGCGAGUCGCGUCACCGGCAGCAAAUGGGUGUUCGUUUCCGAACAUGCCAUGCUUCUCACCAUUUGGAGCAUGAAAGCUGCCAUGUUGGUUCUUUAUGCAAGAGUCACCGAGGGACUGCGACAACGGAAAAUCCUCAACGGUGUCAUCGUGUGGGUAUGCUGUGCGUUCCUUGGUGACGAGGUGGCGCUUUUCACCAUCUGCCGCCCUCUUUCGCAAUAUUGGGCGGUACCACCCACGAACUCUCAAUGUUCCUCCUACCAAUACUACCAGAUUGUGAAUGCCGUAUUCAACAUCUCCACCGACAUCUUGAUAUUGGCCGUCGGUAUCCCGCCCGUCCUGGUCGCUCGGUUGUCUAUCCAACAAAAACUGAUCUUGGGCGUCAUCUUUGGAAUGGGUACCUUCGUUAUUGUCGCCGCCAUCCUGCGCGCAAUCUACUGUCUCGUGCCGUCACUGAUAUCCUACGUGUAUAUGAACUGGUACUUCCGCGAAGCCUCCGUUGCCGUCUACGUCACCACCCUUCCCGGCAUCUGGGUGUUCCUGCGCGAAAUGUUUCCCAUUUUGCAAAAGUUGACGAGUCGCCAUGGAACGAAACCGACCAACUCGCGCACCGAUCCGGAUCAACAGCAAUCUUGGCGGGUUCCGGCUAAGAAUCGUAACCGCUUUAAUUCAAAAGAGCUGGACUUUGACUUGGACACAUAUCCCAUUAGCAAAUCGAUCGUCACGGCCACAGAGCACGAUAUGACUGAUCGUGGAGCAGGCCCAGGUGAUCAUGCUGCAGGAGAUGCGUCGUCCACCAGUUCCGCGAGAUAUGAUCCCAGUGCCAACGAGAUUCGUCGCGAUGUCACAUUCACGGUCGAGCGGCUACCGAUAGAGAGACCGUGA